AACGUCGCGGCGCAUACUCGUUGCAUUGCAGUACUGUCCGCCAUCCGGUUAUUCGCAGUUUCGCACGCGCACAAUCGAUAUUUACUUUUCAAUGGCGCACAAUCAUGUCCAUUGUGACUCGCUGACACGAUUUAAGAUAAAUCGUGAUCGCUGACCACGUCGUCGUCGUCGAUAAUAAUAAAACGAUAUUAAUAAUUAUUACUAUCAACAGCUCUAUUCAGCUGUUGCAGAUUUCGACGAUCGUGAUGCGACCGCCGAUCAGAGAUAAAAACGAUAUCCUAUAAUCAUGCCGUUCCACGGAAUAGACACCAACGUGGAGGAAAGCAAUGCACUAUUGGUCAAGGUGGAGCGAAACAGCUCUAGCCAUUACGACCAACCUGAUUCUGGGUUAUAUGGCCAUAACAGUAACAGUUUUGAGGAUAUUGAGAACGGUAACAUUACAGCAGUCCCUUUCAUGGAUGAGACAACUUCAUUAUCCCAAAAUGCUAUCCUAAUACCAUUAACGGGAACAACUCCACCUCAGCAUCACGAUGAACCAUUCAGUACAAAUGCCUAUAAAACACUCAAAAGAGGCAUUUCACAUGCUACUGACAAUGUGAACAUUGUUUCCCAAGCAAGAUCAGAAUUGAUAUUUAUCGACAACACCGAAGAUGAACUACAGAUUGUUGAAACUCCAGUUUACACAUUUAUUCUACCUGAUUUGUCGCAACUUGAAGAAAAAUUUCGAAUGUUUAUUGAAAAAGACUUGAUAGCAGUAGCAAUGCAGAGUUCUCUUGAACAGGCUUCAAGAUUGAAUUGGUGGACUGGAUUUUGUCAACGACUUUGGCCACUUUCGACAUCUGGUGAUGGAAACUGUCUUUUGCAUGCUGCUUCGUUGGGUAUUUGGGGAUUCCAUGAUCGAUUAUUAAAUUUGAGGCGGGCUUUGCAUUCAUUCCUUAGUAAUGGUCCAGCUCGACAUUCACUUUGGCGGCGUUGGCAACGACAACAAACUAUUAUGAAUUCAUUAUUUGGUCUUGUGUAUACAGAACAAGAAUGGCGCCGAGAAUGGAAUGCAAUUGUUAACAUGGCUUCCACGGUUCCUCGUAUGAGGAAACAGAGUAUAUCAAGUGGAAAUGCAGAUACCGAAGGAUACAUUUAUGAGAGCCUUGAAGAAAUACAUGUUUAUGCUUUGGCACAUGUUUUAAAAAGACCUAUUAUUGUUAUAGCAGAUACUAUACUUAAGGAUAUGAACGGUGAAGCAUUGGCUCCUAUACAGUUUGGAGGUAUUUAUUUACCUUUGGAGUGUUAUCCGUGUGAUUGUCAUCGUUCUCCUUUGUUAUUGGCAUAUGACGGAGGGCAUUUUUCAGCUUUGGUUGCAAUGGAAACACCAAACUCUACUCUUUCUUGUGCUAUACCAUUGGUGGAUUCAAAUGGCGAACUCUUACCAAUACAGUUUCCUGUUGAUCCUGGUGAAAAUGAUCAUUCUCCUGAUAAAAAUCAAGAACUAUCAUUUACAGAUUCAUUGUCAUUAUUAAACAGUUACUUGGAUAUUGUGAAACUUGACCCUCAAGGUAACAAUGACACUACAUGCAAAAAUGGUCUCUUUGGUAGUCUCGGACGUUCAGUAGGAAAUAAAUUGAAAUCAAAACUGUCAAGGACUAAUUCUGUUAAAAAUCUAUCUGCUUUAUCACCUCAAGCAAAGUAUACGUAUUGUGCUCUUAUUAACUCGGAAAAACAUGAAUAUCAUGAUGUGAUGAUUAAAAACUACUUAAGGACAGCAGCUGAACGUUUUCAGCAUUCACCUUAUGCGGAUACGACGCCUCGUUAUGGAGCUGGUAAAUCUCGUUUUUACACAGAAGCUGAUUCGGAGUCCCACGUCAAAGUCGGACUGAUGACUCCUGUUAAGGCUGUCACAAAUGAAGAUCCUACAAUGUACCUAUCAAAAUCCACAUUCUAUGACACAGGUUCGCAAGUAGAAAAGUGUCUUACAGAAGACUGCGAGUUCUUCGGGUCAUCUGUGACUAAACAUCUUUGUUCAAAAUGUUACCAACUGUAUCAGCAGCAAAAAAAGGAAUCUGAUUAAAAUAGUAUUUAAAAUACUGUACACAAAGAUUUCAUCUUAAUACACACUCAUACACACCCACAACAUAUUAUACACAAUCUGUUGUUUUUUUUUUUAUUAAUUUUAAUAGUUUGUGACUAAUAUGUACAUAAGUCUAUGUAUACCUUACGUCCAUGCGUCACAACACCACUAAAUAAAUAAAUAAAUAAAAAGCCAUUUACCAAUAUUAACUAUCACUCGUUUGUCUUGCAUAUUUAUACAAACUUUCAUUUAAUAUUUUUUAUUUAAAUGUAUCAUGUAAGAUAUGCUUAACAUCUAUAUGCUUUGGCCUUUUUUUCAGUAAUUUUUUUUUUAAACUGUGAUUUUUUCUUCUCUAUCUUUAACUAGUUUUGAAAAAUAAAUUUAUAAUAUUUAAUAGCUUGUAGGUAAUUUAUAUAUUAUUUAAUUUUAAAGAAAACUGAAACAUUUAUUCUAAUCUGCUGAUUUAAUUGGUCACAGCUUUUAGUUGUAUAAUUAUUUUCAUGCUUAUUAUGUUAUUAAGGCUUGUUUUUCCUCAAUAAUUUCUGUUAAAUUUUAAUAAUUAUAUUUUUGCAUUAUAAUAAUAAUAAUUAAUCAGAAAUAUUAAUAAAAAAUAAAAACUAAUUAUAAGCACUAACGGUAAAAUAAAUACAUGUUAUUAUAUUGAUUUUGUUAACAGACUAAGCAUCAAAUAUCAAGUGGUUAAAAAUCGCUUGAAAUGUUAUACGAUUGAGUAUCGUACACUCGUUUUAUCAAAAUGAAUUUAUUGUUCGUUUUAAUUUUUUUUUAUCUGUCAUAUCAUCGUGAAUUUGUAUAUGUACAUUUAUUUAUUUAUUUAUUUAUGUUAUUAAUUUUUUUUUUGUUAAUUUUUACACGUUAACAGAAUAAUUACAUCAUAUGUACUGGUAAAUUAUUAUUUUUUUACACCUGUUAUAACUACGUUUGUACAUGUUUAUAUGUCUAUGGUUAUAUUAUGUCGUUGAGAGAAAACGUAAAAUAUAUUGUGAUUGUUUUAGAAUUA